AUGAAAGAAGAUCAAAGAUGUUAUAAAUUGUAUGAAAAAGAAAGUUCUAGAGAUGAAGCAGCAAGUCUUUGUAAAAAUGAUAAAGCCUAUUUACCUACUAUAGAAAGUAAUAGUGAGGAACGGGUGAUUUUUAAAUUACUUAACGAUACACUUGAAACUUUUUGGUUAGGGUUAAAAUGUACAAAUGAAACAUCAUGUUUUUGGGAUGAUGGGCAUAUUUUGGGUGAUUAUAAAAAUUUUAUCAAUGAUACUGCUUAUUCUAAUGUGGGCGGUUGUUAUUAUGUUAUAGUUGAUUCAUCAUCACAACAAUAUGGUGAAUGGAUACCUGAGAAAUGUGAAAAUGUUACAAAAAAAUUUGUCAUCUGUCAACAACAAUCUACUACUGAUCAAAUAUUUGAAUGUCCAAAGGAUUAUUCAAGAAAUGAAGAAAAUAAUGAUUGUUAUUAUUAUGUAUCAGAAUCAAUGACAUUCAAUGAGGCAAAUGAAAAUUGUAAAAAUAAAAAUAGUACUUUAGUUUCUAUUAAUACAAGUGAAGAGAAUAUGUAUGUGUUAAAUCUUUCUAAUGAUUUUGAUAAUAAAGAUGGUAUUUGGAUUGGGUUAACAUACAUAAAUGGAACAUUACAAUGGGUUGAUGGAAAUCCAUUAACUGAAUGGAAUAAUUUUAAAAAUGAUUCUUCAACAGAUAAUGAAGGAAAAUCUAUAGUAUUGUUAACAAAAGAAGGCGAUGAUUUUUCUAAAUGGGUAUCUAUCGAUUCCUCAAGUAAAUAUCCAUCCGUUUGCAGAUUUAAAAUUUAA